GGGAUUUCGGGCUGCGGAGCGGGAAGAGGAAGAAGCAGAAAGAGAAGAAGAGACUGAGCAGCAGGAUUUUCGUCUUCGCGUCAGACAGUAGAGAUGAAUGUGUGCGUGCUGGUCCCGGGUCUGGUCCUGGGUCUGUCCCUGGUUCUGACCGUCUGUGUGGCCCGGUCUCCGUACCAGGCGGUCCUGCAGCACAGCCGGAUCAGAGGCCGGCAGCAGGGACCGAACGUUUGUGCCAUGCAGCAGAUUAAAGGCACGGAUAAGAAAUACUUCACCAACUGUAAACAGUGGUACCAUCGCAAGAUCUGCGGCAAACCCACGGUGAUCACCUACGAGUGCUGUCCUGGAUAUGAGAGGAUUCCUGGAGAGAAGGGCUGUCCUGCUGCACUGCCUCUGGUGAACAUCUACAACACUCUGGGUGUAGUCGGAGCCUCCACCACUCAGAUGUACUCUGACCGAGCCAAACUGAGGGAGGAGAUUGAAGGUCCAGGAAGCUUCACCUUCUUCGCCCCGAGCAACGAGGCCUGGGCCGCCCUGCCCACCGAGAUCCUGGACGCUCUCGUGAGCAACGUGAACAUCGAGCUGCUGAACGCUCUUCAUUACCACAUGGUGAACCGCAGACUGACUUCUGAGGAGCUGAGACACGGGUCCUCCUUCGCCUCCAUGUACCAGGACUUCCACGUCCACAUCCACCACUAUAGCAACGGGGUUGUGACAGUGAACUGCGCUCGUCUGAUCAAACCUGACCAACAUGCCACCAACGGCAUUGUGCAUGUGGUUGACCGUGUCAUCACCGCCAUCUCCAAUAACGUUCAGACACUCAUCGACAUCGAUGACGACCUGGAGACUCUGCGUACGGCCAUUGCUGCUGCAGGUCUGACCGCCAUGUUAGAGAACGAGGGUCAAUACACCGUCUUCGCUCCCACCAAUGAGGCCUUCGAGAAGAUUCCGCAGGAGACCCUGAACAGGAUACUGGGAGACCCUGUGGCUCUGAGAGACUUGCUGAACUACCACAUUUUGAAGCAGAUGCAAUGCGCGGAAUCGAUCGUGUCAGGAACUCCGAUGGAGACUCUGCAGGGCACUGUGCUGGAAGUCGGCUGUGACGGAGACCAGAUGACUCUGAAUGGGAAGGCCAUCAUCACCAAGAAAGAUCAGCUGGGCACCAACGGAGUCAUCCACUACAUCAAUGAGCUGCUGAUCCCUGACUCAGCCAAAACUCUCCUGGAGCUUGCUGAAGGUUCAUCUGUUUCUACGGCAACCAAACUGUUUGAUGAAGCCGGUCUGAGACCCCACCUGACAGGGUCAGAGGCUCUGACCAUGCUGGUUCCGCUGAACGACGCCUUCAAAGGAAGUGUGACGAUGACUCCUGACAUGAGGAAGCUGAUGACCAACCACAUCCUGAAGGAGCAGCUGUCCUCUAAGUCUCUGUACCACGGUCAGGAGCUGGAGACUCUGGGAGGACUCAGACUCAGAGUCUUCGUCUACAGAAACAACCUGUGCAUUGAAAAUGCCUGCAUCGCUGCUCAUGAUAAGACCGGACGUUAUGCCUCCAUGUUCACUGUGGACAAAGUCCUCACUCCUCCUAUGGGAACCAUCAUGGAUGUCCUGAAGGCAGAUGACCGCUUCAGUCUCCUGGUCGGUGCCAUCCAGACCGCAGGUAUGACGGAGCUGUUGAACCAGCAGGGGGCGCUCACCUUCUUCGCCCCAACCAAUGAUGCCUUCAACACCCUGCCACAGGCUGAGCUCAACAGGCUGAUGCGUAACCCUCAGGAGCUGUCAGCUGUGCUCAGGUAUCACCUGGGAGAAGGCAUGUUAGUGAGCGGGGGAGUCGGAUCUCAUACCAGAGUCAAACCUCUGCUUGGAGGGAAGCUGGAGCUGGGCGUGAGGAACUACACCGUGUACGUCAACAAGGUCCCGGUGGCUGACGCAGACCUGAUGGCGACUAACGGAGUCGUCCAUGGCGUCAACAGCAUCAUCAAACCUCUGCCUCCAAAGGGGGACAGAGAACAGGCUGAUGGACCUGCAGCUCCUCUCAGAUCAGCAGCCUCCAAGGUCGACUCCAAGAGCUUCAGGAACGACGAUCUCUUCCAAAAGGUCAUCCGGAGCCGCUCCAGCAGGACAAUGAGCCACGGUCAGUAAAAGCACCGAGGAAGAAACGCACCACAACAUCUGAGAAACCAAAGAAGAGGAAAAACUGAACAGGUUCUUGCCCCAAAGGGUCAAAGGUCACAAAUCUUAAAGGAAAAGUUCCCUGAGAUCCUCCGGCACUUGCUGGUCCUCUGAGAGCAUGAGGCGUUCACAACCAUGUUCAAUAAUCUGUGGAAAAGAAAUAAAACAAACCAAGUCUCCAGUUUCAGUUUGUUGGACAGAAUUAUGGGAAAUGUAGGAAACAGCAGUAAAAUCAGAGUUAGAGGAUCAGACGGUGAGAGAGGGUCUGAGGGUUUUUCUUCUUCUUCAGUUUAUCAACAGAAAAGGUUUUUUAUUAACUUUUUUAUUUUUUAUCAAACCCAAUGUUUUGUUUUCUGUGUACUGUAAAAAAAAAAAGCAAUUAGUUUUGACCAGACAUCUGAGUCUGAGGUCUGAGUUCACGUGUUAAACUUUGUAAAGUGUGUGUGUGUGUGUGUGUGUGUGUGUGUGUGUGUGUGUGUGUGUGUGUGUGUGUGUGUGUGUUGUCCUGCAGCAUGUCGCAGGGUUCAAACAAAGACCUGAUAUUUCUUUAGAGUCUCUGUUUUUAUAAAAUAAAACUGAAGAAGGAGCGAAAAGUGAAA